AACAACAUCUCCAAGGUGGAAGUGGAGAGAAGGACCGCGCCCCCAUCAGCCAUGAAUCCUUCCUACUCAUGGCAAACUCUCAGACCGACAUGGACGACUGGGUCAAGGCCAUACGGAGGGUCAUCUGGGCACCGUUUGGAGGAGGGAUAUUCGGCCAGCGUCUGGAGGACACAGUCCAGUACGAAAGGAAGUUUGGGCCCCGGCUGGCGCCCCUGCUGGUGGAGCAGUGUGUGGACUUCAUCAGGGAGAGGGGUUUGGAUGAGGAGGGUCUGUUCAGGAUGCCAGGACAGGCCAAUCUGGUCAAAGAGCUGCAGGAGGCGUUCGACUGCGGUGAUAAGCCUCUGUUUGACAGUAGCACAGACGUCCACACGGUGGCAUCGUUGCUAAAGUUGUACCUGCGAGAGCUGCCUGAACCAGUCAUUCCCUUCUCCAAAUAUGAAGACUUUCUGUCCUGUGCACAGCUUUUGGCCAAAGAUGAGGAGGAAGGGGUCCAAGAGCUGGGGAAUCAAGUUAGUACUCUACCUCUACCCAACUACAAUCUGCUCAAGUACAUAUGCAAAUUCCUUGAUGAAGUCCAGUCACAUUGUAAUGAGAACAAGAUGAGUGUCCAGAACCUGGCCACAGUGUUUGGACCAAACAUACUCCGACCCAAGAUGGAGGACCCAGUCACCAUCAUGGAAGGCACCUCUCUGGUCCAGCAUCUGAUGACAGUCCUGAUCAGGGAACAGAACCGUUUGUACUCAGGGAGGGAACAGGAGGGACCCGCUGUUCCGCAAACAGAGCUCCAGGUCCAGGGGCAUCAGCUCCAACAUCGCAGCUUAGGAGCCUGGAUCUCCGAGGAGGACCUUCAGAGCUGCCCGGUGUCCAACCCGGACCAAGACCUGCACAGCAGUGCCUCAUCUCUGGAUGCCAAAUUGUGUGCAGCCAUCACUCCCUGUCAGACCCCGAAUCCAAACCCUGGACCAAAAUUUGGAUCUUCAUCAGGGAAGGGAGAGACAGUGGUCAGCCCGAGUAAACAAGCCAAGGCCAUACCUUCAUGGAAGUAUUCGUUCAAAAGCUCCUCGACUCCUCGUUCCCAGCCACAGACCAAGCAAAGUGGUGGCGGCUCGGCGGCAGAAACCACCAGCGUCUCCUCAGGUGGAGGUGGAGGUGGAAGUGGGGGGAACUGGCUGAUGAACGGUUUGUCAUCUUUACGAGGUCAUCGGCGUACGUCUUCAGGCGAACGUUCUGCCCGUGACCGCGACUCUACCGGCUCCUCGCAAAGACUGUCCACCUACGAUAACGUCACCACCUCCUCGAGCAUGGGGAGUGUCCCCAGCGUCGCCAGCACACCAUGGUCCACCUCUUCUUGUGAGAUCUCUGUCCCAGACUCUGGAAGCAGUGAGCCUCCAGCGAGCCAGAACUGUGGAGUGGGGGGUGGAAGUGGGGAAAAGGGAGAGUGGAUAGAAAGCCCCAGGGACACGGAAGGACGGGAUGGAGGACUGACGACCGAGCCGAGUUCUGAGCAGGACAGUUGUGAGGCCAUGGAGCUGUGCAGCAGCAGCGCACCCUGCAGCGAGAACGGAAAUGUGGCAGUGGCAGCUGGAGUACCGUCGAUUGUGAUGUCUGAGGAUGGAGAUGAGGUCAAUGCAACACUGAGCGGUCUGGUGGAAGGACUGAAGGAAGAGCUCAGGAAACAGAGGACGGCAUACGAGGGCCGGAUCAAAAAACUGGAGGAGUCCAGCGCUGCUCUUUGUGUCCAAAUGGAACGUUUGGAACAAGAGAUGGAACAGGAACGCAAGAAGCAACGCAUGCUGGAGAUCAAACUGCGAAACUCUGAACGGGCACGGGAGGACGCCGAGAACCGCAACCGGCUUCUGGAGAAGGAGAUGGAGGAUUUCUUUUCCACACUGGGAGAUCUGGCCCUCGGCGCAAGGACAAGCGAUAUUUAAUCAAACGUGGGCCCUCAUGACUGAAAACAGUGGCUGUGACAUCAGGGUUUAUCAUUUUGUGCCGGAGCUGAAGGGUCAUCAUUGUGAAUUAUUCCUCAAAAAAGAAAACAAAAAAGAGCAGAAAUAUGAAGGAAAUCAAACAGAGACUGCGUGGCCCUGGACGGAGUCAUCUCCCAGUGGGAUGAUGGAGUUUCCUGGAUGUGCAGUGUUUCUCUUAUGCAUGUUUGAAAUGAGAAACAAAGGAGACUUUUAAUGAAUUCCACCAGAUGUCAGUGACCUGUGACACACGUCCAGGGUUUGUCUUAUGAAGACAGUAUUUUCAUUGCAAAUGUGGAACACGAUCCGAUUUCUCUGACAUUCUCUGUUUUGGAGAGCACUGACUUUUUCAACCACUACUUUAUUAAACACAUUAUGUGACUGGAUUUUGUGGAGAAUCUCCGAAGAGACUGUCAUUUUGAGAGCAAACAGCUUAUUGAUACUUAUCCUUCUCUCAGGAAAUGUUUAACACUUUGGGAACUGUUCUUAGUCAUAUAUAUAUAUAUGUACAUACAUAUACAUAUAUACAUAUAUACACACACACACACACAUAUAUAUAUAUAUAUAUAUAUAUAUAUA